AUGUUUGAGAUUCUUCAAGCGAUUUCCACCGCCGGGACUGCAUUAGCUCUCUUGAUAUUUGCCGGUAUAACCCUCGGCGGCGCAGCCGUGGCAUUCGUCGUAAGCACACCGCUUUUUGUCAUAUUCAGUCCCAUUCUCGUGCCAGCAACUAUAGCCACCACUGUGCUAGCUACGGGUUUCACGGCCUCGGGCUCUUUAGGUGCCAUGGCUAUGACCAUCUUCAUGUGGCUCUACAAGCGUUAUACGGGGAAGGACCCGCCAAAAAUUCCUGGAUUGACCCCGAAGAAUCCAGCGGCUGGAGGGAAAGGGAAGGACGACUAG